AUGUCGUCCAGAGAAGUUCAUUACAGAGGAGUCAGAAAGCGUCCAUGGGGUCGCUACGCCGCCGAAAUACGUGACCCGUGGAAGAAAACUAGGGUUUGGCUAGGCACUUUCGACACGCCGGAGGAAGCUGCGCUAGCAUACGACGGCGCCGCCAGGUCACUUAGAGGUCCGAAAGCCAAGACUAAUUUUCCGGCGCCGGAACUCGGGGCGUCUCUUGAUCUUAACUUGCCGUCCGAUCCUCGGUGGGUUAUGGGAGAGUUUCUACAGACAUCUAUUAUCAAGGACCCUGGAGAAAACGCUAGUGUCUCGGGAUGUGUGAGCCGCCGUGAUGGGGAUGCUCACGGUGAAACUCCGUUGCUGGAGAGUUCGGAAACGGCGGCAUAUUUAGGGAUUGUGCGCCGAGGGUUGCCUAUAGAUUUGAACGAGCCUCCACCUACGUGGCUUGCAUAA